GCCCAAGUCUUCCUUAGGAUUUCCAAGUUUGAAACAUUGGGUUUUGCAGGAAUCUGGGAUUAUUGAUGGAGGAGUACGUGGUAUAUUUGAUUGUGGUUAGUGUAAUAUCAUGGACAACGUUGUGCUUGGUAACAAGAAAGGUUUUCCCAAAGCGGUCUUACGAUUUCUGCACCCGCAUUGUCUCGUCGGUGCACGCUUCUCUGGCUGUGGUGUUGGCUUCUCGUUCUGUUCAAGAUUGGAGCUGCCCACUGUGCCCUUUGGCUUCAAGAUCUUCUCCUAAGCAGAUGGAAGCACUAGCAGUAACAGUAGGGUACCUGAUAUAUGACUUGGUGUGCUGCCUCUUUGACAAGCAAGUGUUCAUGCUUGAUAACACUAUUCACCAUCUUGUCAGCAUUGUUGGCCUUGUAGCUGGACUUGCCUAUCAAAGGUGUGGAACAGAAAUGGUGGGAGCGUUGUGGAUUACAGAAAUUUCAAGCCCAUUUCUGCACUUGAGGGAGAUGCUGAAGGAGGUUGGAUACAGAGACACUCAUCUCAAUUUGGCUGCUGAUAUAGCUUUCGCACUCAUAUUCUCAAUGGCAAGGAUGAUUGGUGGACCAUAUCUCACCUACGUCACUCUAUCUGCUCCUAACCCACUUCUCAUUAAGGCAAUGGCGUUGGGGCUACAGCUAGUGAGUGCGUUCUGGUUUUACAAGAUUGUGAGGAUGGUAAGGUACAAACUUGGUAGAAUUAGAUCCUCAUCCACAUCCUCCAUCACCAUCGCAAAAGCCCAUCAAUCUACCUCAUGAAAUCUGCUGUCAAACUCAAUUUCUUUCACAUGCAUAUAUGGUCCUCUCAUCGGUAUUGAGUUAGUGUGUGACUAGACGGGUAAUUUCAGAACUAUGAAUUGAAUUUUUUUAUUUUAAAUAUUAUUAUAUUUUUUAUUUCUUUUAAU